AAAACAACAUUGUCGUCCCCUCGCUGGUUCGCACGACUGGAAAAACAUCGACAACGCCCCCUAAACUACUGACAGUACAGUUAUGCUGCGUUGUUGUUGAUGUAGUUAGCACCACUGUAUUUCUACCAGAAUUGUUUCUGGCAAAUAACCAUGGAGGCAAAGUUAAAGACAGAGUUGGGGACAGCCGUGCUGAAGUCUACUGGUCACUCUGGAGGCGGAUGUAUCAGCGAGGGCCAGAGUUAUGACACUGACACUGGGAGAGUGUUUGUCAAGAUCAACCACAAGAGCGAGGCCAAACGGAUGUUUGAUGGGGAGAUGGCCAGUUUGGAAGCCAUCUUAAAGACAGAGACUGUUAAAGUCCCCAGGCCUGUGAAGGUGAUUGAGCUUGACACAGGAGGGUGUGUAUUUGUAAUGGAGCAUCUGGACAUGAGAGGUCUUAGCAAGCACUCAAAGCUGCUAGGGGAGAAGAUGGCAGAUCUGCAUCUUCACAACAAGAGACAGUUGGAAAAAUUGAAGAAAGAGCAGCAGACAGUGGGAAAGGGAGCUGGACAGUCAGAGGUGGCUGUUGUUGGGAAAUUUGGCUUUAGUGUACCUACAUGCUGUGGAUAUCUACCACAGAGAAACGAGUGGCAGGAUGACUGGGUGACAUUUUUCUCCCAGCAGCGGCUGCAGCACCAGCUUGACAUGGCGGAGAAUUCUUAUGGAGACAGGGAGGCUAGAGAACUGUGGGCCAAGCUACAGCUGAAGAUCCCUCAGUUUUUCAAAGAUGUGGAAAUUGUCCCUGCUCUCCUCCAUGGAGAUUUAUGGGGAGGCAAUGUGUCAGAGUGUGCAGAAGGCCCAGUCACCUUUGACCCUGCUUCCUUCUAUGGCCAUUCAGAAUAUGAGCUGGGUAUUGCGGGGAUGUUUGGCGGCUUCAACAGCUCUUUUUACUCUGCUUACCAUGAAAAGAUUCCUAAAGCACCAGGCUUCGCAGAGAGAAACCAGCUUUACCAACUCUUCCACUAUCUGAAUCACUGGAACCACUUUGGGGGUGGCUACAGAAGCUCUUCAUUGAGGAUUAUGAAGAACCUACUGAAAUAACUGCACUCGCACUUAUAAAAAGCUUCACAACUUAGUGUUAAACACAAACAUGGUUUUAUUAUGUAAAAAUCGAUAGAUGCUAAUUUGACCAAAAUUAAUGUGGCUGCUUGUUGGAGAAAAUAAACCAUUUUAACAUUGUAAUAUCUGUUAUAGUGUGUGUCAAAUCCAGAAUCAUGAUAACAAAAUUAAUUCAGGACUGACUAGUCCACCCACAUCAACUUUCUUUCAAAACUAGAAAAAAACAGAGCCCAUAUCUUCCAGUUUAUAUCUUCAUGUGUAUGAUUUAACAAGGACACUUUAGUUAUUAGUAAUUUAAUACUUUAUGUAUAAAUGUAUGUACAUAUGUGACUGUUGAUGUCAUGCAAGUGUAGCUAUAUAAUAAUCAAUAAUUGCAAUAUAAUUAAUCUUGAGAUGA